AUGAGGAAUUUGAAUUUAACAACCGAAUUUCGAGAAAACGAAACGAACAGGUGCUUCAUUACUGUGAAAGCGUUUUCAUCAUUGAAGUUAGCUGAAUGUGCUACUGUUCAACUUUUUCCAGAAACAAACGGAACAUCGUGGUCUGGAGCUGGAGGAUCAGCAACGACAGCAGCAUCGUCUAGUGUUGCAGCAAUACCAGGCACUGCUACUGCCAGUAGCGGUGGCAGUGGUAGUUGUGGUACCACAUUAGACGACGGUGUACCGGAACCGGCUGUUUCGAUUCUAAUGAAGAUGGAACAAAUGAAUACGUGCAAUGAACUGGAUUCACGUUCUGUUGCAUCAAUCCGAACUGGUUCCAGUAGCUCCGGAAGCGCACCCACCGAUAGCUUCAGUCCACGAUCAAAUAAGUCACGUGAGAACAGUGUACCGGCUGAAGAUGAUGAAGAUUUGGAUCUUUGGGCUGUUUGGGGAAAUUUGAUCAAGUAUUGGGAAGUUGAAUCCAAAAAGAGGCCGAAUUAUAUCAAGGAACUUGUUCGUCGCGGAAUUCCUCAACAUUUCCGAACGAUUGCAUGGCAGCUUCUCAGCGAUGCUAAUGUGUCGUUAGUUCAUGAUAUCUAUACGGACUGCCUAAGGAAGUCUUCUCCUUAUGAAAAGGUUAAGUAUGUUUGUGCUCGAAGCGUAUACUGUCCCCAAUAUCCAUGGAAAGCCAAAAAGAUUUUUCCUUGACU